UGUCAUCUCUGAUUAACAUUCUAAUAUAAGCCACAGCAAGUGCUUCUUUCAGUGUGCUUUUUGCUUCUCUUCCGGGGGAAUUUGCUCGUACUAUGAGGAAGGGUAUGGGCCUGUGCAUGAGCAAAAGGUGAGGGUCUAUAAGAAGGGAUCCAUACAGGCAGAGAUUUUCAUUGAAAAGCUAGCAACAAUUUUAAGGCUGUUUCUGCCCUUUGUUUUUCUCUUACGUUUUCAGCUUCAAGUUGUGUCAUUUCAACAUCAUGGCUUCAUCAAAUAGAAAUUGGCCUAGCUUGUUCAAGUCCAAACCCAAAUGGCAGCAUGAAUCAACUGGUUGCCACAGAACCCCAUACACCUCAGUGCCCGGAUACGAAGAGAGAACUCCUGAACCUAAGCCUAGAUGGAACCCGAGACCCGAGCAAAUACGUAUGCUGGAAGCUAUUUUCAACUCAGGAAUGGUGAAUCCUCCAAGAGACGAAAUAAGGAAAAUUAGGGCUCAAUUGCAACAGUAUGGCCAAGUUGGAGAUGCCAAUGUUUUCUAUUGGUUUCAGAAUAGAAAAUCAAGAAGCAAACAGAAGAACAGACAACUCCACAAAACCAAGUCACAAACUCACACCACCACCGCUUCAAUUUCACCACUGUCGGAUAAAUCGCCUCCAAAUAAUUCAACAGAAAAGGUGAUCUUCUCAGUUGGAUAUACUGGUUCGAUGGAAGUAUCCAAUUCUCCAAGUGGUUCAGCCAACCAAUCUAUUUUCCAAACUCCGAGCGAGUUUGUGGCAGAACCCUAUUUUUUUCCGAUGCAACAAAGCCCAUCAACUGCUGCUUUUACAGAAGGGUUUUGCUUUCCAGAUGUAUCUGAUCAUGUUAUAGAUCAUACGGAUGGAAAUUGUUGCUCAAAUCUCUUAUUCAGUGAACUGAUGCUGAUGAAUCAUGAGCCGUCCAAAAAAGCUAAUCAGAAUGACCAUGAGAAUAUGAAAUUGCAGCAACUACUGAAUUACAGUGUGACUAGGGCUCCAACUUCUACACACUCCGUUAAUGUUUUUCCUCCUACUCCUUGUGUCCCAUCCCCAAAGAAUCACAUUCAAGGUGUAGUUGAAUCAGGAGGAGGGGGUUCCACAAAAUCAACAGUGUUCAUCAAUGAUGUGUGCUUUGAGGUUGCAGUGGGAGAAUUAUUUAAUAUUAGGGAGGCAUUUGGUGAUGAUGCAGUGCUUAUGCAUUCAUCUGGUCAGCCUGUUUUGACCAAUGAAUUGGGGCUCACACUUCAGCCACUUCAUCAUGGGGCUUUUUACUACUUGUCGUGGUCCGAACAUGCCAUGGGCCCCUCGAGUCAGAGCUCAAAACGGUCUAAUUGUAUGGUUUAACCAGGUUUUUCUUCUUCGCAUCUCUCGUAUUGUCUUUUAUUUUCUUUAAUACAUAAACAGGCCUAUACAGACAUCCUGGCGUGGCACGAUCGUGCCACCUAAAAUCGAACCUUCUGACUGCAGGGGCAACAUGGUCGAGUUGGACCUGCCUUCCAACACAUUUUAACUCCGCCACUUUUAAAUUUUAACUCGUGUUAUUUAUAUGGCUUCAAGAAGCCAUACUGAUUUUUACCUGUGUUUUCAUGCACACACAGAUUUAGAAGUGAUGUUGGUAGAGAAGGGUUCCUCUUUAUAGUUUUUGCUUGUUUCCAUUUCAUCUCUCUGUCUUGUACAUUGUUUCUAGUUACCCGAUUGGUGCAUAUGGGAUAUUAUGAUAAUGUGAAGGCUAUCAAACAUGAAGCUAUGUUUGCACUUCGUUUUGAUGAACCAGCUAGUCUGAUUGUAUGAUAUAUUUACAUUUCUUGUUU